AAAUCUACCCUCAAAAUAAGAUUCUCCUCACAAAGGAAACUUGGAAUUAAAGUGAAGAACUUUCGAGAUGUCAAUUAAUUUGCCCGAAGCAAUUGAAAUCCAACGCGAAUCAUAAAUCGUGUUUCAGGUUUGAAGAUAGAAUUGCAUUAUUUCUCUGGUGUUGAUCCUAUUUCUACCUGGGCCUUUUCUUUCCUGCCAUUGUUAAUGGCGUCCCUCAUCACUGUGUUCUUGCUUUCUCUGUUUGCCUGCUACCUUGGAAGCUUUUUUGCGGAAAGCCGGAAGGGAUUAAGGAGUAAGGAAUUGAGCCAGAAAACUUUUUUACAAUUGGAGCACUCAGUUUAUCCCAACAGAAUUGACCCAACGCAUGUUCAUCAGCUCUCUUGGCGACCAAGGGUCUUUCUCUACGAAGGUUUUUUGUCAGAUAAGGAGUGUGACUACCUCAUUUCCUUGGCACAAACUGUGAAAGAAAAAUCCUCAGAGGUGGAUCGUCAUUUAGAGGGAGAUGUAAUGAACCAGAAGCUUACCUCAGAUACUUUGUUGACCACGGAAGAUGAUAUUAUUGCAAGGAUUGAAGAAAGAAUUUCACUUUGGACUUUCCUUCCUAAAGAGAACAGCAAGCCUAUGCAGGUCAUGCAUUAUGGACUUGAAAGGGCCGGACAAAAUUACAACAUUUUUAACAAAUCCGACUUGGAGUUGAGCGGAUCCUUGAUGGCCACAGUUGUUUUAUAUCUCUCAAAUGUCACUCAAGGGGGCCAAAUUCUCUUCCCUGAGUCAGAGCCCAAGAGUGCAAGCUGGUAUGACUGUAGCAGUGAUGAUAGCUAUCUGAAGCCGAUCAAAGGGAGUGCAAUUCUUUUUUUCUCUCUUCACCUUAGCGCAUCUCCUGAUAAAAGUAGCUCACAUGCUAGAUGCCCUGUCCUUGAGGGUGAAAUGUGGUCUGCGACUAAAUUCUUCUAUGCCAGACCGGCUGGUGGGGAGAAGAUCUCAUCCUCAUUAUAUGGUGGUAAUGAAUGUACUGAUGAGGAUGAUAAUUGUGCCACCUGGGCUGCCAUGGGAGAAUGUCAAAGAAAUCCUGUAUAUAUGAUUGGUUCUCCUGAUUACUUUGGCACGUGCAGGAAAAGCUGCAAUGCAUGUUGAUCAGAAUUUGAAUUUUCAACUUCUGCUCAUAGAUUCGUUUUGCCCUAGAGCUUCUGCGUACACCUCCCUCUGUUUGUCCUUUUUCACCCAAGGUUAUGAGAAGUAUAUGUGGAGUUAUGCGUGUUAUAUAUCAUGUCAAGAAAUUUUAAGCUGCACAGGAGCAUAGUGUCAAUGAAACUCACAAAGAAUAGGUGUUUUCAAGUGAUGGGAUUUACUUUCAGUUUUAAUAAACUUCGUGCGUCUUCCUUUGGUGCGAGGCAUACAAUCUUAGAAUUUCUUUUGUUAUAUCGCAAUGUAAGUUCAAAUUUUGGAAGAGCACACUGAUGUUGAAAUUAGGUCUUUUGCAAUCAUAUGCAUUUCCAGAUAUUAUCAAUGCAAGAUAAUGAGAUUGUUUGUUUGCUUGUUGUAUCUGUCGAA